AUGGUAGACGCUGAGAAUGAGGCAAAGACCCGCCUGAAGAGAACGCGGACAGGGUGUUUCAAGUGCAGGGUACGAAGACGAAAAUGCGAUGAAGGGAAACCUUCGUGUCAACGCUGUGUUGAUGGUGGAUUCGAGUGUCAAUAUGGCACCAAGCUAUCCUUUCUUCAAAAGAAUGCAAAGACGGCUUCGGGAUCCCGGGGCGCAAAACAAUCGUAUGCGAAGCUGAGGUUUGUUAUACCAGAAACAGCAAGAAAACCUGGUACACAUGAACAGCAUAAUGAAAUUGCCUCGAGCGAACCUGAGAAGACCGAGAGUUCAUCUAUAGAGAUAGAGACAGUUGUUGCAGCGCAGAAAGAUACUUCUCAACACCAAGAACCCACGCAACAAGCAAAACCACCUGAACCGCCUAUUCAGCCUCCGCCACCAGCGAUAAUCAGCCCCAGCAGCGAAGCUUACGUCACAUCUCCCCAAGCUCCUUCUCAUAGUCUACAAGACUCUGUAGACUUUAAUCUCGUCAUCUCGCCCUCUAAUGCAGCAUAUGAAACCGCCCUUGACGGACUCCUUGCUCUGGGUAAUGAUCACUAUGUAUCCCCUACAGCACCUACAAUAUCUCAAACCGGCACCAAUGGGGGACUAUUCGCACCGCCGCCACAAAAUGUCCAAUUCGAAGUGAGCGGUAAGCCUCGUGAAGAUGUCUUUCCUAAUUGUCUCCAUAUGCCACAGGAUCGUGCUGUUGAGCUGCUACGACACUACAGAUACAAUAUUGCGCCUUGGCUCGACAUAAACGAUCCUGAGCAGACUUUUGGCUUACUUGUUCCACGUGUUGCCAUGGACUCUAUUUCUGUCCUUGACUCUCUUCUCUCCCUUUCUUUGGAAACUCUUGGAGAUCGCACCCAGCUUGAUCUGAAUGAACAGUCCUUGUUACCUGAUACGAGCACUUCCAGCAUUGGAAUUCUUUGCAGUGCGCUGGUUUUCACCUUUACGACCCUCCACCGCCAGUUCGCCACACAACCAACCUCCUGGUUGAGCCCGUCAAAGGGUACAGGCUAUGAAACAAUCAACUCGACUCCUUUCCAAUUACAUCACCCCACUGCCGCGCUGGCUGUGUCUUGGAUGAUUCUACGCCUAGGUGUUUCUGUCAGUCUUAUGAACGGCUCGUCAGUCCCUAUACCCUCCAUCGUCUCUUGCGACGUUUCCUCACUUCUAGGCGUGUUGAAUAGAGAACCACUCAGAUGCGGCCGAGAGCCUGUUCUUUUGUGUGCCGAGGUCCUGAAUUAUUGCUUCGGGGAUGAUAUCCAAACUGGUUCCGACACGAUCCGCCUUCCGGCCGCUCACAGAUGGAAAGCACUUUCUGAAGCUCUUCACAAGUGGUACACAAACCGUCCCACGGACUUCAAACCCAUGCUCGAGACUGAAGACAGCGAACAACUUUUCCCUCUGGUACUCUUUACCAAUGGGGCAGCAAUCUUGGCCAACCAGUUGUACCACACAUCGAUGCUGUUGCUCCUUCAGAACCGGCCACGUACCCUUCCGAAGGAGCAUGGCCGAAACAUCUACUUGUCACCACUAUGGCAUGCUCAGCGAAUUUGUGGUAUCAGCCUUAAUAAUGAUACGCGGACCAAUUGGGACUUUAGUUUGUUGGCGUCCUUUUAUUUUGCUGCUAAGCGGAUGACUUAUGAGCCCCAGCAGCAUGCUAUUCUGCGUGGAAUUGAUCGCAUUGGGUCUUUGACAGGAUGGAAUGUGAACUCAUUAUCUGCGCAACUGAUGCAUGAGUGGCAGCCAGAUUAA